AUGGAGGAUGCGACAGAUAAACCCCAUGGGGGCAAAAACCCCGGAUCAAAGGAAGAGACCGAGGUCAAGGUAGAGACCGCACAGGCCCAGCCACUGGAGACCCUGCAGGAGUAUGAGCGAUUGUUCGGAGUCGAUGAAGAUGCCUAUGAACAGCCUACCACGACUAGAAAAGAGCUCUGGUCUUAUUAUCUCUAUUACAAUGGGGAUAACGGCGUGGGUCCGGGUUCAUACAGCCAAGCCCUCUUUCAGUGGGCAUUGAAUGGUGCGGGCUUCCAGCCUGGCACUAAUCCGCCAAAGCCCUGCACAAAUACAUCGGCAUGCGUAGUCCCCUGGGCGGGUGGCACGAAAUCUAUUUCCUCCGUCGUCCUGAUCGCCAACGGUCUAUGCUUCGCUUUUAUGACAGUCAUUUUUGUUUGGUUAGGCAGUGCUGCCGACUAUGGGUCUUUUGGCAGAUGGCUUCUUCUGGUCCUAACUGUCGUCUGCUGGGCGCUACAGUAUGGCAUGAUGUCCAUCCGCCAUCCGAGUCAGUGGCCGGCUGCCAUGGCGAUGUACGUGAUCGCGUAUAUUGCCUAUGGGGCUACACUGGUGUUUUACGCUGCGGUCUUUCCUCGCCUCGCUCGGUAUAUGCCGCAUGUCCGCAAGGCCCGAGAGGAAGAUCUAAGAGAGGGCAAGAUUGAUCAGCAGGAAUACGAUGCUAUCGAGUCGUUGGAGAGGAACCAUCUCAGCAACAUAUCGACUGCGCACAGCAAUAUUGGGUACUUGCUCACCCUGGCCCUUAACCUGAGUGUCCUACUCCCCAUGCAGAGCAACCAAUUUUCCAACAAUCUGGCACUUUGCCUGACAAAUUCAUAUUGGGUGGUCUUGGGUAUUUGGUGGUUCAUAUUCCAGCAGAAGAGACCUGGGCCCAAGAUUCCCAAGGGAUCCAACUAUGCCACCAUCGGCUUCAAACAGAUUUGGCUGGCAAUUCGAGAAAUUAAGGCUCUCCCCCAGACCUUUUUGUAUUUCGUGGCCUACUUCCUCCUCGCCGAUGGGCUCAAUACGACGGGAACUCUCGUCAGCAUCAUUCAGAAUGACUAUGUUUCAUUCUCAUUCCUCCAACUUACCUACCUCGGUAUCACACAAGCAGCGUGCUCCAUCACUUCGACCUUCGGGUUCUGGUACAUCCAGAAAUAUUUCAAGUUCAAGACCAAGACCAUGUUCCUCUUUACCAACUUCUUCACCGUCUUCAUUCCAUUCUGGGGUAUGCUAGGUCUCUGGACCACCCGGAUUGGAUACCAUAACAGGUGGGAGUUCUACUUUUACAAUAUUAUUUUCGGGCUCUUCCAGGCGCCAUAUUACGCCUAUGCCCAAACAAUGAUUAGCGAGCUAAUGCCCCGCGGCUACGACAACAUGUUCUUUGCACUCUUUGGAAUCACCAACCGCGCUUCUUCCAUCAUCGGUCCAAAUGUCAUCCAGGCUAUCAUUAAUGACACCAACAACAACUGGAUGGGAUUCCCCUUCCUAUUUGCCAUCUGUACCGGCGCCAUGAUUGCCAUCGCCUUUGUGGACAUCGAGAAGGGCCGCGACGACUGCAGAGCAUUUACUGAGAGGCGUAAAGUGGAUCGUGUUGUAGCCGAAACUGGUCUCAGUGCUGAUGCAAUUGUGAAGGGGAAGACGGUGGAUGGAGUGGCAGUGGCUACUGGCAACGAUGCUUAG